CUGAAUUGGCAGCACGUUCCACGUUUUCGAAUGGAGAGGGUAGACGUGAUUGAUGAAAUCCCCUCCAACGUGUACAGCUAUAAGCGGUACCAGGGUCGGCCUUUCCACCUUAUAACUCCAGGAAACGUUCGGGAUCAACUACAGCUAUUCUCGGAAUUCCAGUGUCGGGAAGAUGAUGUGAUAUUGUGUACAUUCCCGAAGUCUGGCUCCCAUUGGGUCUACAAUACUGUACAGAUGCUUCGAUCAGGAAAACUGACCUAUUCCGGGACACCUUUGGUAGCUGACUUUGAAGAUCUUGAACUAAUCAGUCGCAUGGAGACACCCCGAACAUUUCUCACACACCUUACCUUCCCAUUGAUACCAACAGACGUAAAGAAGGGCGUUCCGAAGGUCAUCUUCGUCUCGAGGAAUCCGAAAGAUGUACUGGUGUCUUAUUUUCAUUUCAUUGACAACAUGAUUAACACCGCAUUUGAAGGCGACUUCAACUUCUUCAUGAAAUUCUUUUUGUCAGAGGAAUUUUUUUCAUCGGGUGCCUCUUGGUGUACGUACAUGAAGGAGUGGACAAACGGAACAAUUCGCUUUCCGGAAAUGCGUAUCCUGUCCCUGAGAUAUGAGGAUUUUAAAAAGGACACUUUCGGCUGUAUUGUAAAACUGGCUGAGUUCCUGGAGGUAAAACGAUCGGUGACAUUUUUAGGUGAGGUUGAAAAGAACAUCACGUUUGAACAUCUGAAGAAGGGACACGCCAGGAUAAGAGGAGAGAGCGAUAGGUGGUCAGUUGUCGAUAAACACGGCAGGGUGCCAAUAUACAGGAAAGGUAAAAUUGGUGACUGGAAGAACAUGUUCACCGUAGCACAGAACGAUUACUUCAACGCCAUUUACAAGGAGAAAAUGGAAGGAUACGACAUUGUGUUUGAAUACGAGUGACCAAAACGCCGUGAUUUAAAUCAGUAAUCACUACUGUACGCGAGAAGUUGGGAUUCGUGUGAAACACUCAGUUUGCUGUACCUCGUACGAAGAGCUUGGCUUGAGAUGUUUAGGUCACUGGCGAGUGGUCAACUCGAAGUCAAAUCUUAAACUUGUGGCAGCACGACGGACCGUUCCCUGAUGUUGAGAGGAACAUCAUUCAAAUAAUCAGACUUUUUCAUUUUAUAUGUUUUACUCGAAUCCUGCAAAAAAAUGUUGCCGAUUAACUGAUUAAAACAAGUGAUUUAUCAAAAUACACCCAUUAGGAGAUCGGAUACUGAAAUUUUAAUUGGAACCUAAAAAGAGAAUAGGCAAAUGUUACAGUCCCUGUCUUUGUUAGUGGUAGCGUAAUACAUGUUUAUCACUGGUUUUAACAUUUUUAUUUUUGACGGAUAUUUCACACUUUUUAAGGUAGCAUUGUGACACUGUAUUUCAUUGCAUCAUGGACAAACUAUGACGGCAAAUAGCUUAUCUAUCAACACACUAUAAAGUAUACAUAGUAAUAUAUUAGUAAAUAGUUACUUAGUUAUUGUGAAGUUACAACAAUAACAAUAGUCUUUGAUUUUCAUAAUUCGGUAUGUUUCGGGGAAAAAAAAUCUGUGCAGGGAUAAAUUAGUGCUAAUUUGGUAGAAUUGGUGAAAAUUCUAAAUUAGUAGAAAAUAUGAAAAACUAGGGCAUUCGUGACUCCCGUUGAACUGAUGAACCGGACCAGCUUAUGUUUUUAGCAUUAAAAUCUUUAUUGGUCA